AGGGCCAGCACUCUAACGACGACGCUAUCUCUGAGGGCCAAGUCUAGAUAUAAACAAUUAAAACCUCAUCCAGCCUUGCCUUAAGUCUAGUAGUGCAUUGAGUCUAAAUCUAGAUCUAUAUAAUAUAUAGGGAGACUUUAGACUAGCGUAAAGAAUGGCAAGAUUAUUGGACUUCGUCUUCUUUGUAUACUUCCUUACUCACAUCCCUAUUUCUCUGUUGGUGGAUUUUCAAGCACUUCUACCGUCAGAGUAUUAUCCACAGCAGUUGAUUGACCUUAAAACAUGGUACUGCAGAGAAUAUCGAGAUUCAAUGAUGGCAUCUCCUCCGUCAUGGUUCAAGUCUCUCAUUAUCUGUGAAGUCAUUCAGUUCCCAUUUUUCUUUUUUGGAGUUUAUGGAUUUUUUAAAGGUGCCAAGCAAUGCAGAUGGUUACGCUGGCCUUGUGUUGUCUAUGGAGUUCAUGUGGCUACUACACUGGUACCCAUCAUUGGCUAUGUUCUGUUGGAAGAUUUCUCUAAAGCUACACUGCCCAGUCCUCGCAAUAUGACAGAGAGACUAACUCUGUUAGGUUUUUAUAGCCCCUACCUUGUCAUUCCAAUUCUCAUAGCACUGGAUGCUUUGUUUAGUUCAGCAUAUACAGAUUACAGAGCAGCAUCUAAUCAGAAACCCAGAGACAAGAAAAUUAAGUAGGGCAUAUCAUUUGAUAAUCAUUUCUUCAUAUAUUGAAAAUGAUAAAAAUUUAUAUAACUGGGUAUUCUAUUAGUUUUGAAAAGAGUUAAAGUUGGUUUCAUGUUUCAAAUUGAAAUUUUUAUGCAGAUUUAUUUUCAACACAGGCACAAAAUUUUCAUUCCACUUCCUUACCCAGCCAACAUUAAUUUUUUUAGGGUUUGCUCUAAUUAGUUUAUUGUUGGAAUUGUUUACAGAACUUAAUUAGAUUAGCCACAAACAAUUAUUUCAAUUUUAUAAGAUGCAUAUUGAUUUAACUCUUUGUGCUGAGGUCUGUACCACCUGCCAACCAACUUUGCAGCAUAUUUGGUUUUUUAAUGACAUGCCAUUAAUGUGUAGUAGACUUAUUUGAAUAGUUUAAAAAUAAUUGUAUUUUGUUUAAAAUCAUUUUACAAUUACCAGGUAGCUCAAAUAUAUAUGCUUUGUGCAGUCUUUAAUAUAUUAGGAAUUUGUUUUUAACAAAUUAGUCAUUGGUUAGGUGAGUUACUGAGGCUUCUGUGUAUGUCAGUGAGAUUUGAGAGUAUAUAUGGAUAAUAGAACACCUGACUUAUGAACUUUUGUAUUCAUGUAUACACAACUUUCAAGUUAUUUAGUUUUAUUUAUGUACAUUAUAAACACCAUUGACUUGAAAUGUAUUGCUGUAAUUUUUUUUAUUCUUCUUUACAUGUGUUACACACGAUUAAUGACAUUUAUUACUCAUUAGAAGUUUGUAAGCAUUGUUUUAGUAAUGCAUCUAAGUGUGGUUACAUUGUAUUAUACAAAUGAAUGUCAAAAGAAUUAUCAUUAUUUAAAAAAAAAUGUUUAAAGACUGCUGAAUGUAACUGCUGCAUUAUGAACCAGUUUUGUUUAAUUUGUUUAGGCUCAUAGCAUUGAAGAGUAAAUCUACAAAAAUACUAAAGAAACGUGUAUACAUCUUACAGGUAUACUAUCAAGGGAGGUAAAAAAAAAAAGAUCUAAAACUUGUCUUUUAUUUGUUAACACAAGUUACUUCCUUUAUUGCAGAAGUCUACUGUGAAUUCUCUAACACCUACAUUAUUUAUUUUUUUUAAAUUAAGGACUUGGUGAUAUUUUGUAACAUUGACUUCUAAAGUCAAACUUAGGUCUUGGUAGUAUUUUGUAACACUGAGUCUUUUGACUCCAAAAGUCAAAACUUUUAAGAACCAACUCUUCAGCGCUGAUUAUGUUUUCUGUUCAUGUAUGUUGGUGUGUGUGUUUUACUUUAAUGUCUAUUUUUCAUGUUACCGGUACUUGACAAAAAGCAAACAUUAAACAAUUAUCUGACAUAUUCAA